CAUUUGUUAACAAUUAACGCAAAUAUGAACGAUAUUGUAACACCUGGACAGCGACUAGCGCACGCUGGCGACUAUAAAGUAUCCUCUGGAACAUAUCAAAAGGACGAUUUCAUAUACGCCUCAGUAGUCGGCAUAAGUCAGAUAUUACCACCAGAAAAAGAAGGCGAAUCUCCAAUAAUCACCGUAACACGCCACAAAGAAUUCAACCCAAUACCCGAUGUAGGAUCUAUUGUAACGGGCCGCAUCAUCCGAGUCAACCAAUUCUCUGCAACAAUGACCAUCAUGGUAGUCGGGACAGCACCAUGCAAAGAAAACUUUCAAGGCGUCAUUCGAGUACAAGAUGUGCGAGCAACGGAGCGGGAUAAAGUCCAGAUCUACAAGAGUUUUAGACCAGGGGAUGUCGUGAGAGCCGAAGUGGUUUCGCUUGGUGAUGCGAGAAGUUAUUAUCUUUCGACAGCUAAGAACGAGCUGGGAGUGAUAUUUGCACAGAGUAUGGCCGGAUACACCAUGAUUCCAGUAUCAUGGGAGGAGAUGAUUUGCCCAAAGACAAAGGUUGUUGAGCAUAGAAAGUGUGCAAAGCCAGAGUCUUGAGACGUUAGGAGGAUUUGGGGGACUCAGCGCCGAGUAGCUUAGCCGUAUGCACUUUACCAAAUAGAUAUGCGUAUUAAGAAUGUCAAGAUUCUUUCCCAUUUCAUAUAAAUGGAGAUGCUCACACAUGG